UUCGCGCCGGUUAGGACUCCAACCGCUGCGGAUAACAAUAAAGAGACAGGCGCUGUCACAAUCCUCUCAGCAAGCAUGUUGUUUCACUGGACGUUGCUGGCAUUCUUACCAUGUGUGGUAACUUCAGCUUCCGUGGGCGAAUUAUUGUUAUCAAGAACUUCUGAAAAAUAUGUAUCGCCUGAUGAAGACUCUUUUCCCAGUGCGUCUAGCAGUCGGAGUUUAAUACCAAGCAUUGAGCGUCUUCAAAGACGUGAAUAUCAAACAAAUUUAGAUGAAGAUUUUGUCAACGAUGAACCAACUUACCAAUAUUUGGAAGAAGAUAUGGGUAAGGGAAAUUUGUUAAGCACACUUCAGGCAUUUACUGCCCGGAGGCCUAACUUGAAACAAGAUGCUUUCACGGUAAAACCAAAGGGCAGACCAUCACUCAGGUUACGGCGAGACACAUUCAGUUUUGAACCUAAAGAGCCAUCUGAAAACUUCCGUCGUCACAAGGCCGCUUUCAGCCUUUCAGCUGAAGAAUCAGAAAUGGCAGCGGAACCUCGUGUAAAAAGAGAAACUUUGUCGCCAGCGCUGGACGACGUGGACGAGAACUCUACUCACUGGAGGCGGUUUGAUAACCCGAAACAUCAGUUCGUGACGUCUCGAAACCAACCGACGACAGGGACAAGAAAUUAUUACUUAGGUGUUCCACAACAUAGGGCAGGACACACAGUUGAUGAGAACGACGUCCGUAGCGCGAAGUACAACGAGAUACCUCUCCAGCAGAGAGAUCCUGCCAGGUACGCUAAUGCUCAUGUCCGAGAACCUGUUGCCUACCGGCACGAGGGAGAGCCCCCCAGAAGGAUUAUCUACUACGCGAAUCUUCCUGAAAUAACUCGAGGCAGGCCUGUACAUGAUUACCGACGUGAUAGACUAGGAUAUGAUGAUCGGUAUGAUUACGGUAGGUCCUACAAUAAGUACCCUAGAGAGAGCCGAUAUGAGGGCACUCAUGUAAGGUCACCGACUGGAAGAGACGGUCCAUAUCCUUAUCGCCAAACCGGUAACGCGGGCAACAGUUACUCUAUCAUCGAUGCAGAAAGGCCUCCGCCACAAAACGCGUGGCCACCACCUCAGCAAUACGCAUACCGCGAUCCCGAUGUUGUGAGCCGAUCCAACAGGAUCCCUGCACCCUAUCAACAACCACAGGCGGGAGGGAGACAAGCUUAUGAUCAGCGCCGUGGACCUCCACUUCCUCCACCUCUGCCUCUACCCGAUGACGGACCUAACGCAGCGCUUCACCCGUCACGCUACAACCAGUUUGGGCACACCGGAAGUCUGCCCCGUCAUCAGCUGACUGUCAUGCCUUCAAAUCCUGCGGUGGGAGACGAACCAUAUCGAGACUACAACCCUCGGCAGCCAGCACCCUGGUCCAUGCAGAUAGGCACCAAGCUCACGGUGAAGGACGAUGGCCGGCAGUUGCCAUCUCCGGGAGGCAAGCGCUUUUAUGUGCACAGCGAAGAGCAAUACCCAUCACGAUUUCUGAGGUCUGACAUCGAUCCAGACAUGCAUCCCACUACUUUCUGAGGUCUCGCUUCAGAACACAGCUGAGUGGUUUUAAUCUACAGAACUGCUCCUAUAUGAUUCGUAGGGUAUGGUGUGACAUUUUUUGUCGUAGAUCCAAAGAAUUAGUUCCAAACUUUCUUUUAACUCUACACGACUUCCAUAAUUCGCCUUCUGUUUUCAUACCUUCAGCCGAUCUUAACCGGAGAUCGCCCUUUUGUUUUCAUACCUUCAGCCGAUCUUAACUGGAGAUCGCCUUUUGUUUUCAUACCUUCACCCUAUCUUAUCCGGAGAUCGUCUUUUUUUUUCAUACCUUCAGCCGAUCUUAUCCGGAGAUCGUCUUUUGUUUUCAUACCUUCAGCCUAUCUUAUCCGGAGAUCGCCUUUUGUUUUCAUACCUUCACCCUAUCUUAUCCGGAGAUCGCCUUUUGUUUUCAUACCUUCAGCCGAUCUUAUCCGGAGAUCACCUUUUGUAACGUGUUUGAAAGAAAAAUAUACUUCUUUGAAAACCAAAACUAUCAUUUUCACUGAACUGCAAUUUCAAAUUUAAUUUCACUUUUAAGGUCUAAUUUUCAUAGCUUUCGCUUUAUUUUGAACAAAAGCUAGCACAUUACAAAUGAACAGCUGAAAUAUCGUUCAAUGAAAAUUUGCCGAUAUGAUGAGCUGAGUAUAUAACCUUACUUCAUAAAUCUAAAGUUUAUUGAACUUAAAAAUUGUUAUAUAUUAAAAUGUAAAGUAUUUAAACUCAGUUGAUAUAAAAGCUUCAUGUGGUCCAAAAAAUAUCCUCACAUGUAGGAACUGCAUUAGAUAUUCAUACAACAUUGAAAACUCUCCACUAUCCAGUUUUCUAUUCAGCUUCUGUUUAAUUGAAACCCAUUUAGGAGCCGGGAUAGCGCAGUCGAUAUAGCGAUGGCUACGGUCUGGAAGUAAAGCACAGGGAAGUUUUACCUUUUUAGAGGACCCCCUUAAAAUAUCUGUCGGAAAUAUAUAACAUUGUAGUAUGAAAUUAAAAAGAUAGACAUUUUGCACGAUACUAAAUACAUGGAAUGAUGGCAUUGGUUUGUGAACUAUUCUUUAUGCAAUCACUGCACUACUAAUACUUACAGCUGCUUCCAAUCUAUAGCUUCGGUAAGAAUUAAUAUUUUAAUUUAUAUAUUUCUGUUACAUACAUUUUAAUAUUUAGCAUAAAUUCUCAAAGUCACCAUGCCGUUAUAAUAUUUCCAUAGAUGAAAUUACAAAUUUAACUGAAAACUCGAUGUUCAUGCUUGGUUGAAUUGUCAAGAAUAGAAUUGGCUCGUUUUGUGUAUUACCAAGCUAUUAACAUAUGAACAUUUUUAAUGUCGGAAUUUGUCUACAUUAAAAGUGCUUAUAGUAGUUAUUAACAAAGAACUAAAAAAAUAUUCAAUAUAUAUUUAAGUUAGUUCUCAUUAAUUUAAUAUAUUGGCAAGGUUUUCGUCCAGUAUUUUACAAUUUAGAUUACACUGAAUUUAAAGAAAUAGACUUUUAAAACGAAUUUAUUAAGAGAGUGAGAGAGUUAUUGGUUCCUCAUAGAAUACAUUUCGGUAUUUCCAUGGAUCUGCUACAGAUUGACAAUGAUUCAGUUAUAUUCAUUGUUUAAAUUUGUUCUGGUGUUUAAUGUCAGAAUAUUCAUUAACAGAAAUUGUGACACAUGAAGGCAAACAUUUCUAAUUCCAACCGAAGGACUUAUUUCAUAUUACUUAUAUUCGACAUUAUUCAUGCAUGUUGUGUCCUGAUCAAAUAAUAUGUUUUGAACAAUUCAACACACGAAAGAAUGACGUAAUUCAUAAACAGUGAACUCAAACUUACAAGUUCAAAUUCAGUCCUUUGUAAAUUAGAAAUCUUGGUAGAAGUUAAGAAAAAAUUUCUUAUAUAAUGUGGGCUGUGUAUACAUAAAUUAGGCUGAAUCUUAUUUUCUUUAAUUUUUAAAAAUAUUUUUGUAUGUUCUUAGAAGUGCACAAUUUUUAUUAUUUAUGAAUGCAUACACAGUGUUCAAGUAUACAGAUUUAGAUUUUAAUUUUAAUUCUUUUUUAAGAGUAGGUGUAGGUUAAUAUACAAUAUAAAAUGGGAUAAUACAGAACAUGUUUCAGUAUCGCUGAACUUAUAAUAGGUGUUUGGAAAAGUGUGCUCUCCAAAAAUUAUUCUUAUAUUAUUUGCAACAUGUUUAUUUUUAUCAAAGAGAUACUUCAAUUUCUUAACACCUAUUUCAUAUGUGGAUUGGCGUUACUGUAUACAAAAUUGAUCAUUUAUUGAAUAUUUAAUGUGAUAG